UUAUCUGUUUUCCUAUUACAUGAAACAAAAGUUAGUGUAAGCAUGAUUAUACUUAAUUUAGGCAUCUCUUGAAUGAAGCAUAUAACCAGAAAAAAGGUAAUCAAACAGACUCAUCUGCCAUGUAGCUGUGUGUUUGGCUGCCUUAUAUUUCUGAUGUACCUGAUUUUUUAUUCUUUAAUUCAUUUCUCUAUUCACUGUUAAUGAGGGGUAGAAAUAAAGGCUAAGUCGGAACACUUUAAUGGUAUAAGUAUAUCAUUCAUCAUUUGGGUGCUUUUUGUGUGUUCAGUAAGACUGUAAUCUUAUCACUGAAUGAGGCUUGGUGAUUGCUUUGAGAUAUUGAUAACAUACCCCCCUGUGUCUGCAUUCAGCUGCCUUAUUGGAGGGGAUUGCAAAUACUGGUAUGGUGGAACUUGGUGAUAUUCAACUUGCCACAUACCUUGCCAAUAGAAAGCCAACUGGACAAUUUUACUUUAGAAAUGGUCUUCCUUCCAUUGUUGCAUUUCCAACAGGGUGUAAAACUGCUGAUUGUGUACUUAGGUUUAAUGGAGAACUCUCCAUUGAUGCAGUUACUGAUUGGUUUGUGACAACUAUAUUAAAUUUACCUUGCAUUUUCUACUAUACAAAGGAGUCACUGGGAAAAGAUUUUCUGGCAAAAACUGCGCCUCAUAAGGUAAUGGUAAUUUUAUUCUCAAAAACAGGCGAGCGUGCUACUCCAUAUGUAAGGAAAAUUUCUAAGGAUAAUCGGGCUUAUGGCACUUUUGCCUUCAUACUAUGGCAAGAGGAGGAAGCUUCCCUUUGGUGGAACACCUUUGAGGUGGAUUCUGCGCCUGCUAUUGUAUUCUUGAAAGAUCCUGGUGUCAAACCUGUUCUGUACCAUGGAUCAUUUAAUAAUUCAAGAUUUUUAGAAGUCAUGGAACAAAAUAAAGAGCAAGAGAGUGAAGACUCUUGAACUUGUUCCUGAGGAUGUAGAUCCUAUCAGGUCUAGAGGUGCACAAA